AUGCAUGAGCUGACAAAAACUGAAAACAAAUUGAAUGUCACCUUGACGACUCAGAAAAGAAGACUGGAUAAUCUGUUUUCUACUGUAAAUAAAACAGAUCCCCGUGGUACCAUGCUUCAGGGACCACCAGGACCAGUCGGUCCCCCAGGGAUCUUGGGCUUACAAGGACCCCCAGGUCCCCAAGGAAUUCAAGGUCCUCAGGGGUCUCCUGGCCCUCCAGGAAAAACCGGAAUCACCGGUGCUAUUGGCCCUAAGGGACUUCCAGGUGUCCCUGGUUUCCGUGGUCCACAAGGAUACAACGGAACUCAGGGCCCUAAAGGGGAUACUGGAGCACCUGGACCAAAAGGAGCCAAGGCACCUCCCGGUGUACACGACCUCAGCCUUUGUCGACAUAGGAGUAAUUCUUCAGUAACGACAAGUGGUCCAUACGCUAACACGGCCAUUAGCGUAGUCGAAACAACUAACAAAAAAAUCAUUGGAGUGACGUGCUCAACAGAUGAUGCAAGACAGUACCUGCUAUCACGUGAUACAAAGUCUAGCACGCCAACCUACACGUGUACCUGUAGGGGCAGUGUCAGCCACAACUCAUCAGGCCUCAUGAAAUGCUACAUACACUUCUGGGAGUGUCCGCUGGAAACGUAAUAGUGCGAUGUUUGGAAUGACUUUCUGAUUCCUGCUCUUAUUGGUAAAGAUAUGUGCGGGAUAAACGAAUGUAACGAACGAAGUAACAGUUUGAAGAUGAUAUCAGUCUCGUUCACAAGUUGCCUACGAUAUGAACCAAUGUACAUGAUUUCAGUUGAAUAUUUUUUACCCUUCGCUUAAUCAUUUCCGGACCGGCUCACGUCAACCCGUCCGUCCCUACACACGUAAGCUUUCGCUAUGGUUUUCAACGUGUUUGCGGACGCGGUGCCGCACAAAUCUUACAAUAAUGUCGAGUACUUCCUUCUUAUUCUUAUAGUGGACGAACAGUUGGCCUUAAUGACUAUGGCACCACGUUUUUAACUAUCUUGAUAAAUCAUCAAAUCAUCAAAAUUAGAAGCAUGUAAUGUGUUUCCGAUAUAAUUCAAAAUGAAUUUGAA